UCGUGGACCACGUGUUUGACGCGCGCUGCCACUAGAGUCAUUUUCCAGCCGAGUGAGCAGCAGACCUCAUCCAGUGCCUAAGGAGCUAACGAUGGCUGAAAAGAAAACCAACCCUUUAUGGCAGCGCUUCACCCAGCCAACACCAGGAAAGGCCAAAUGCAAUAUAUGCAGCAAGUUGGUAAGCAUGGGGGCUGAGAAAGGCAAAAGUAAAAAUACAACAUACAUAUGGAAUCACUUGAAGGCAAACCACCAACAGGAUUACAAAGAGGCAGUAAAAGAAAAAGAAGAUGCAGCGGCUGCUGCCUCUGCCAGUCUCAGUCAGCCUACUGUAGCACAAAUGUUUGAUUCACAAAGAAAAUGGCAAAAUUCUGACCAGAGGUCAAAAAAGAUUGAUACACAAAUACUUGGAAUGAUUGCUACAGACAACCAGCCAUUUACAGUGGUCUCGGAUGUUGGCUUUCGGCGUUUGAUUGCAACACUGGAACCCCGGUAUAGCCUCAAGACUGAAAAAUACUACCGUACAGACGUGCUGGAAAACAUAAUGAAAGGUGUGGAGAGGAAAAUCAAAACACUGAUCACCCCAGAGAUUGCUGGCCCUCAUUUGUCGUUCACGACAGACUGUUGGUCUGGGGAGACGGAAUCACUGAUGAGUCUAACAUGCCAUUUCAUUAAUAGUGACCGGGAAAGUAAACAAGUGGUACUAAAUGUUAAGGCCAUGUCUGGCUCCCACACUGGAGAAUACAUCAGCAAGACGCUCCUUAGCAUGCUGAAACAUUGGGACAUCACCCACGACAGAGUUGUGCUUGUGCUCUGUGGUGCUAAUAUGAUUAAAGGCCUCAGAUUGGCAGAAAUACCAGAUCUCAGCUGCAGUGCACACACAUUACAACUUGUGGUAAAUGAGGGCAUCAGCAGUCAGAGAGCAGUGGGGGAUGUUAUCGCCAAAUUAAAGACAUGUGCUACACACUUCAGCCACUCUGUGCUCGCAAAACAGCGUCUGAGUGACAUUCAAAAAGAACUUGAUCUCCCCCGGCACAGCAUAAUUCAGGCUGUUCCCACCCGUUGGAACUCCACGUUACACCUGUUGCAGAGGAUGCUGGAGCAGAAGCGUGCUCUGAACAUUUAUGCAGGAGAACAUGGAAAGUUUACAACCCCAACUGCAGACCAGUGGACCCUCGUCUCAAAUUUGAUCGGGACUCUGGGCCCCAUUGAGGAAGUCACUUUUGAGAUGAGUAAGGCAGAGGCGUCCAUCUCCUGCGUCAUUCCCAGCAUUGCUGUGCUGAAGAUGGUGCUUCAGGCAGAGGGUCCCACUACGAGUGGUAUCAAAACACUCAGGGAAACCAUGUUUCAAAGCUUGGAGAGGAGAUAUUCAAAGGUGGAGGAGAACAGAUGUUUGGUCCUGGCGACGCUGCUGGAUCCUCGCUAUAAGGGUGAGAUCUUUGCAGUGGAGACACUGAAUAAGGCCAAAGAAUGGGUGAAAGAAGAGAACGCCAUCGUGUCUGAACAAUCCAAAACGGAGACGGGUGGAGGAGGAGGAGGAAGAGGAAGAACAACCCGUCCCUCUGGUCUUCUUGAAAAGAUGUGCGCAAACAUUUUGGGGGCACAUGGUGAAAAAAAUGAUGAGCAACACAUCAUUGAGCAGUUGGAUCAGUACCUCCGAGAGCCACUGAUUGACAGACAGACUGGUCUGCAACUAGAAUGGUGGAAACAGAAUGCAUCCCGCCUAUACCUUCUUGCACCACUUGCAAGAAAAUUCCUCUGUCCACCGCCCUCCUCUGUUCCCAGCGAGAGAAUAUUCAGUGAGAUUGGGAUUAUCUAUGAAAAGAAGAGGAGCAGGCUCACAGGGGAACAUGCAGAGCAGUUGUGUUUCCUGCACUACAACCUGCAGCUCUUAAACUGGGAGUAUUAGCCUAAGAACUUUCAGUGGAGAAUGGGUGGGCUGAAGACUCAGGGUCUGGAAUUUGGAUUGAAACUAAAUAUAAUAUUAUUCACAUUCCUUUUUGUAUUGUUUACAAAUCUU